CAUCUGUCUGUCAUGUUGUUCUGCUAAACGCGUGCAAUGCGGAUAUUGAAUUUUUGGAAAAUUAUUAAAAGAACAUCUUGAGUUAGGUGACCAAUUUUGUUUGUACAACUUCCGACCACGCCCAGUAAAAAACUUUGUUAUUUCCAAAUAACUUUGUAAACAUGUUUUUGCAAUAGUUUUCAAUGAUGUCAAUAAGACUAGAAAAGCAUCUUUUAUAAAUGUGAAAGAAAAUUUUAAAGUGUUCGAUCUUUAAUUUGCUAGAGGUACCCCUAAGACAUCGACAAUGAAGACUCGGGAUUAGAAAGGCUCCAGGAUGUUCAGUCACAGUACCUCUUUUAUGACAAUCCCAACACCGAGUGCAGCCUGUAUUCAUUACACCGAGAGGGGUCAAAGUUGUGGGGAUCCCUGUCAGGUUAAUUGCUGCGAUGAAGGUGGUGGAGUCUUCCUUCCCUAUACAAAGGUAAUGCCGGAAGAUCGUAGCUCUGGAGUGGUCAUCACCAACGAAUGUAACAUCUGUGACUGCAUUUCUUCGUCUUCAGUUCCUCGUAGAAUAAUUCCGCUUAGCAGUAGACGUGGCUUCACUCAGCUUCAGCGAAUGCACUCCAUCUGUUUCCUUCGACUGCUUUUUGCUCAUGGUCUGCAGGGACAGUGACACCAUCGACAUCUCAGUCGACUAGUAAACCCUCCGCACAUGUGCACCACGUUCAUAAAACACUGCUUUUUGCUCAUGGUCUGCAGAGACAGUAACACCAGCAUCAGCGAGGAUGAGUCAGAAUUGUCCACCUUACGCUUGGACCAUGCCUGAGUGGUCAUCGCAAACGAAUGUAACGCUUG